AUGCCCACCGAGAACUGCAGCUCCGAUUGGGAUCCGCCGCCGCUAUGCGCACGCUGCGCCUCCUCCAAAAGACGAAGGAUCAGCCAAGCCCAAGCCCAAGAAGGCAAACUCGGGGACGAUGUCCUCGUACAAAUCCUGAUUCGCCUCCCUGACCCCAGAUCCGCCUCCCGGUGCAGAUGUGUGUGCAAGCGGUGGAGCUCACUGAUCUUCAGCCCCGACUUCAAUCGCCUUUUUGUUCCGCGCCACAUGAGCAGGAACAGCAGCGAACCACCUCGAUCUGCUUCUCCACUCGUUCGACUACUACCUCUCCAUCCUCCUGACCUUGGUCCCCGUGCCUCCAGGAGUCGAGACCGAUUUCUGCGUCUGCGAUUCCUUCGAGGACCUGGUUUUGUGCGGGUUCGACGAAGAAGCAGACGGACCCAAUGGCGAAUUCGGCAGAACCUUCUUCAUCUGCAAUCCGUUUACGAAGCUCUGGGUCGCCCUGCCUCUCGCUCCGACAAGACCAGAGGGGUACUUUCAGAUGGAGGCGAGGCUGGUUUGUGA